AUGAGCAAUGAAGACUACAAUGACAUCUAUGACACAAUCCAAAAGGGGAUAAGAGACGAGGGUCCACACCAGCUGGAGGAAAAUGAGGGUCCUUUAUAUGGUAGAGUCCAUGAAGACUUGAGGAGUGAAAAUCAUCUGUAUGCCUCUCAAUUAGAAAACCAGGAAUACGAUGUUUUGUCAGUAUAUGCCUUGAAACGUGAGGAGACCACCUCAGCCUUCCGGGAGCUUCCAGAAGAAGAAAGCUACCUCCAGCCUGAUGAGGUGUUUUCUGAGCCCCAGGAGCUCAGGGAAAUCUCCAGAAGAAGAAACUCACGUUCACCAAGGCAGAGCCUAGAGCCUCUGCUGAGGGAGCUGCAGCAGAGAGGAAGAAUGGUCAAGGAAGAUUCGCCUCCUUCACCGAGCUUCAUGGUUCAGCACAGCAAGGGCUUUUCCACCAGCCAGGACUUCCCUACCUACGCUUCUGCUGCUCUUGGUUUGGAAGCAGUUUCCAGCAACCCUGAGAUCUUCCUGUAUGUGAAGGCUGGAAUUGAUGGGGAGAGCAUUGGCAACUGUCCUUUUUCUCAGCGCCUCUUCAUGAUCCUCUGGCUGAAAGGCGUCGUGUUCAAUGUCACCACUGUGGAUCUGAAAAGAAAGCCAGCGGACCUGCACAACCUCGCUCCUGGAGCGCAUCCGCCUUUCCUGACCUUCAAUGGGGACGUGAAGACUGAUGUAAACAAGAUAGAAGAGUUCCUGGAGGAGACCUUGACCCCUGAGAAGUACCCCAAACUGGCUGCGAGACACCGGGAGUCCAACACCGCAGGCAUUGAUAUCUUCUCCAAGUUCUCGGCCUACAUCAAAAACACCAAGCAGCAGAACAAUGCGGCUCUUGAGAGGGGCUUGACAAGGGCACUAAAGAAACUGGAUGACUACCUGAACACACCUCUGCCAGAGGAGAUUGAUACCAACAUCUGUGGGGAUGAGAAAGGGUCCCAGCGCAAGUUCUUAGAUGGGGAUGAGCUGACCUUGGCCGACUGCAAUCUUCUCCCCAAGCUGCAUGUAGUCAAGAUUGUGGCUAAGAAGUACCGGAACUACGACUUCCCGGCUGAGAUGACAGGCUUGUGGCGGUACCUCAAGAACGCCUAUGCGCGGGACGAGUUCACCAACACCUGUGCAGCUGACAGCGAGAUCGAGCUGGCCUAUGCAGACGUCGCCAGGCGCCUCAGCCGAUCCUGAGCUUAGCCAUUUGGCCCGAUUCUGCUGCAAAAGAAUUCUAUUUCUCCCAACGGCCUUCUACAGACUCAUUUCCCUCCUUACCUUGAGGAAACAUUUAAAAGCAAAGAACGAAGCCACAUCCUGCCGGCACCCCUGAACUCAGCUCCAGACUGCUACCUUCUAAGAUCAGUGCCAUCCUUCUGCCCUAUCCCAGGAGCCAGACGAGAGGAGAGAACACAGCAGCAGACCUUCCCACCUGCUGACCCCAUCUAGGGUCAGUGUGACUGGGGUCAGUUUGAAGAGCUCCCAUGGGAUUGUCACUGGUCCCUUCUGCCAAUAUAAUGCUUUCCCUGAUGCUUUAGCAACUCCAAUCCCAGCUUCUUCUCCACCCCACUUCUUCCUCAGUAACUUCGAGGCCACCGACAAAUAUUAUCCCAUGAUCCUUAGGGAGAGAACGAUGCUUUGAUUGGAAGACAGUGCUGGGGGAGGGACCCAGCUGGGUAUGGCUUUGGGAAUCUCGCAGAGCAGUUCCAACUGCUCACUAUUUCUGACUGAGGGCCAUAUUAUAAUGUCUCCUUGGAUACACCCAAAUUUGUUGCAGUGCUGGGACCAGAUGCAAUGCGAUUAUGUCCUGGCCAGCACUGAGCCCGGCUUUCCACCUGUCUCCAUUCGGCCAUAAAGGCAGUUGACCUAUGAUUGAAAACUGAGGCGAUUCAAAUGGAGAGGGACUUCUGGGAAGCAAGCUGAUGCCAAAAGACCCAGCAGGGCCUACAGCCACAGGGGUCACUGACUUAAGAGUACUCAGCCACUGGAGAGUACAAGAAUGAGCGUGACUGUGUUCUUCAAUGAGUGGCUUUGGGUGGAGUUGUGGGGGGAGAGGGAUGGAAGCAGAUAAAGCAAGGAGUUUGAAAAGUAGCCUAGUAAACGUUUAGACCAGUCUUCUCCCUCACUAUCUAAAUCAUGGACUGCUCUUAGGGCACACACACACCUACCAAACAUCAAGCAGACUCCAACAUUGGCCAAAAUUGUCUUCCGGGCCCUUCCUAGUCACUUCUAGAUGUGGGUUGCCACCUGGGUGUGCUCAGGAUCCCAGCUUCCUCAACCCCAGCGUCUGAUGGAAGAGAAAUUCUACUAGGAAAUGGUGUGAUCAGGGGCUACCUUAGGAAGAAAGUCCAUGGGUCUUUCUGACUGGGAAGCCACAACUUGAAUUUGGAAAAUAUGUACUGUCCUGGGUUCAUUUUCCCGCCAUCAAACUCAUCUAUCAGAUUUUUAAGAAAAAGCUUUUUUUUAAGCCUAAUAUUUCUCUCCUUAGUCGUCUGCCUUGUGUUUUACCUACAAAGCUCAUGGGGCCUGAGCAUGGGAACCUGGACUGACCAACCAUUAUGACAAAUGAGUUAAUCAUUCCCUCUUCCUCUACCAAUGAGCUAGUGCGCACAUGGGAGAAAUCCAUCCGCUGGACCUCGCUCUAACAAUCCUGCCUUCUGUGUCGCUGCCAGUGCAGAGCAAGGCUCCUGAGGACCGGAAAGCCCCUGGACUUGGCUCAUUACUCCGGAGGGUGGGGCAGCACGGGUCCUUUCCACAGAAAUGUCAACACAUGCUAACAGUCACCGGACUCACCUGCCUCUAGGGAUCGCCAAAGCAAAGCCCGACCAUUGAUCCAAGAAGGGAGGAAGCAGGAGGUCUCCCUAGCCCAUUGGGGAAGAGGACUCUGCCUGCAUUUUAUAAACCUGAAAGGGCUUUGAAGGUGCAAAAUGAAUCGAUUCAUUUCCAUCCUACAGGAACCUUUCCACAGGCUCUCGGCAAGCUGCCCCUGGGGUGUUUAAAGAGCAGUUCUGCUGAGGGACCAGCCCUUUUACUGCAGGGAAGAGCCCCUAGUGGGCCUGCGGAGCUGGGAGAGGCGCAGGAAGAGCUUCCGGAACCAUAGGAAGGCUGUUUAAUUAAUAGGAAACCAUGCUGUUCUCAGGAAUCCUUCCCAGAACUCAUAAGCAGGGUGAACCCCAGGCAGUUCACAGCCCUGUGUCCUGCAGGUGGACCUAUAGUGAAGACCAGGAUACAUAUAGAGGAGUCCCCGAGGGAAAGGAGAAUACUCGGGACCCUCACAUGAUAUUGUGAGCCCGGAAAUGAGCAAGUCUUUGAAAAUAAACCACCCAAGCUGAGUCAAUACUAUUUCUAAAAGGUCCUCCUGUGAUUGAGUUAAUUUUACAUACAUAACAAAAUUUAGCCCAUGUUGGAUCUAUCAUAACCCCUUUUAAAAAGUGGUGAGAUUAUAGAAUAGAGGUUCUUCUGAGCACUUAAAUUCAGAAGUGAUUUUAAUAUUAUCAGAGAAUCAUAAUUAGACUGACCAUUGUCUUAGGACAGAGUUGUCUUGGUAUAUAAAAAUAGCAAUUAAGUAAAUGAUAAUUAUUCCCCAUCCCCCACCCCCACCCCCGAGCAGAGUUUUCUUCGGAGGUUCCAGCUUCUUUGGACCUUGGCCUUAACCUUGUCAUGUGUAUGAUUCACCAUCUGCAGCCACACUCCGGUAGGUUCCAAGUCUCCACUCAUACUGUGUGAGCACUGCCUGCAGAGACUGGAUAGGAACUAUUCUGGCAAAUGCCAGUCCCUCAGGAAGCAUUUGGGUGACAGAGAAAGACAAGCUAUUUUGAUGGAACCAUUUUUUUUUGUGCUCAUUUCUCACCUUGAAUUUUCACAUGACGUGUGUGUGUUUGUGUGUGUGUGUGUGUGGCAAGUGGCAGGCAAGACAGACAGCUGGAGUGAAACUCAGAAUUACUGAGUUGCAUGUAGUUACCUAUUUAAAACUUCCUAUGUCUUAGGUUGACCCAGAGAGAAAAUCUUUAUUAAGAUAAUACUAACUAUACACAAUAAGAUAGAAAGUGAAUUUUUGGUUGUUCCAGAACAUUUCAUAUUUUCCUGCCAAAUUCAGGUCUUAGGUAUGUGCAUAUUUCACCCUUUAAACAAGGGAUCUAGAUUAGGCUCCUGGCAGCAAACAAAUCAGUUGCGAAGUCAGAAACAGUCGGUUUAUUUGGCCAGGCAACCCUAAACAGGUGCCAGAUUUCUGGUAGAUGGCAACUGCCCCUGGUGUUCCCUUCUGGCGCUGGUGGGACCAGACAAGAUCUUGAUUUUUUUUCAUCCACAAAAAGCCGCUCCAAGAGCGAGGUUUGUUUGGGGGAUGUUUUUGGUACCUUCUGGUUGUCGUGAGAUGAGGCAGCAGUCAAGAAGACAGCACCUAUGCUUCAAAGUGGGCAUUCUGCACACAGACAGUCCCAAGCAUUUUAGGACCAUUGUGGGAAUGGAGCAUGUUUGUCACAGACAGACAUCAACUGUCUAAAAGUCCUAGGAAUCUGCAAGGCCCAGGAAAAUUGUGUUUUGAAGGAAGCAGAGGCAGAAGCUGGGUGUCUAUCUAGGAAGAGUUUGCCACCAUCACUGAAAGGGUUUGCAACAACAAUCAGAUCAUUCUAGAAGCGAUAGGUGUCUGAUAGGUGCUUCUGGGAUUCUCCAUUUUCCCAUGAUCAGAGGUGAGCUCAACUACAAGAGGAGUCAGAAAACUGGUGGCCUUGCUUGGAAACAUGAAACAUUAACUUAUGCUUGAAACUUAAGUUCAGUGAUUCCCAAGGCUUAUAUUUUAAAAUCUAAGUAUUUGUGCCGGGCGGUGGUGGCGCACGCCUUUAAUCCCAGCACUCCGGAGGCAGAGGCAGGCGGAUCUCUGUG